AGUGCGCAUGUGUGCAAGUGUGCUUUGGCUCUCCCGGUAAAGAUGGCGGAGCGUGGCUACAGUUUUUCGCUGACAACAUUCAGCCCAUCUGGUAAACUUGUCCAGAUCGAAUAUGCUUUGGCUGCUGUAGCUGGAGGAGCCCCUUCAGUGGGAAUUAAAGCUGCAAAUGGUGUGGUGUUAGCAACUGAAAAGAAACAGAAGUCCAUUCUGUAUGAUGAGCGAAGUGUACACAAAGUGGAACCAAUCACCAAGCAUAUAGGCUUGGUGUACAGUGGCAUGGGCCCAGAUUACAGAGUACUUGUACACAGAGCUCGGAAACUAGCUCAGCAAUACUAUCUUGUUUACCAAGAGCCCAUUCCCACAGCACAGCUGGUACAGAGAGUAGCUUCUGUGAUGCAAGAAUACACCCAGUCAGGUGGUGUACGUCCAUUUGGAGUUUCUUUACUUAUUUGUGGUUGGAAUGAGGGACGACCUUAUUUAUUUCAGUCAGAUCCAUCUGGAGCUUACUUUGCCUGGAAAGCCACAGCAAUGGGAAAGAACUAUGUGAAUGGGAAAACUUUCCUGGAGAAAAGAUACAAUGAAGAUCUGGAACUUGAAGAUGCCAUCCAUACAGCCAUCUUAACCCUAAAGGAAAGCUUUGAAGGGCAAAUGACAGAAGAUAACAUAGAAGUUGGAAUCUGCAAUGAAGCCGGAUUUAGGAGGCUUACUCCAACUGAAGUUAAGGAUUAUUUGGCUGCCAUAGCUUAAUAAUGAAGUGACUGAAUAAUUUGGGAUUUCAGAUAAUCUAUCUACUUAAACAUGUUUAAAGUAUGUUUUGUUUUGCAGACUUUUUGCAUACUUAUUUCUACAUGGUUUAAUGGACUGAUGUUUUUAAAUUGACACAAAUCAUAAUAAACUGUUAAAUCUAACAUCGGCUUUUUAGGAGUUAGUAAAAUUUUAACAUAGGUAUUUCCUGCUUUUCUCACAUUGGAAACUGCGUUGCAAAGCACAUGGUGAAAUUACUCUUUAGUCUUCUCACAAUUCUGGUUAAGACAAAUCUUGUUACCCUCUUGCUACCAGAUGUUGCCUGUGUUUCAGUAAAGGAAAAUGCUGAUUUUGGUAAACAUCACUGCUUUUAGAGCUAGGAGAAUCUGCAGAAUUUCAUGGAUUCAUGAGACAAAAUAUGAAGCAAAGUGUUUUUCAGACAUCUUAACAUGUGGAUUAGUGAAAUCCUAGGAUGCUCUGCAAGAUGGCACUAGAGAUAAAAGUGCUAAGCCACAUUGGUCUCCUACAGGUUGAAGUAUUAUAUAAGUAAAUAAAAAUUGGUUAGUUGAUUCCCUGUGACUUCUCCAUCACAGGAAGAUAAAAAUAUUUUAAAAGGAGCCCCUAGAUCGUAUUAGACCUUUUUAACUCAGUGAUGGAGUGCUGGAAAUAAAACACUAAUAUUUAACAGUGUUAAGCCUAUGAUUUAAGGCUGUUCCCACAUAAUCUGUAUAAUAUAAACUUCCCUAUAAAUAAGGUCUGGACAGAUAAGUAAUAGGGUAUCUGAAUUCUGCACUUUCGUUUUAUGUGGGUAUAGUUCUCAGUUUUCUUAGUUUUUUUUUUUUUUAAGACAUCUUAGAAUAACAAAAGUCAUGUCAUUAGUGUUACUUGCGGAAUAUAGGGAGAAUUUAUGAACGUCAUUUUUACCAACAUGCGGGGAUAGUAAGCAAUUCCAUGAUUUAAGUGUAGCUCAAAAAGAUUUAAAGAUUUUACUAAAUUUAGGGGAAAAGAGCCUUAUCUUGGAGCAGUUUUGUGACGUUUCCCAGUUCAGCUCCCUACCAUCACUGGAACACCUAUGUCUUGAUAUGGGAGGCAAAACAUUAUUAUGAGAGAUGGCAACUUGAGCCCUCAUUUCAAGAUGUUUGUCUUGAAAGCCUCAUCUUAUACUGUCUCCUUAUGGCCUCUUUGCAUGUUGUACCUCUAGCACACUACAAAGGAACAUAGUAAAAAGGAAUAGUCUUUGGAGUCAGGUAAGUCUGGGUUCUAAUCUCAACUCUCCCACUUGCUGACUGAGUGAGCAAGGUUGUUCUAAGGACUAAAUUAGAUCAUACAAGUGAGAAACGUGGCGUGGUUAAUAGUUAAGAAGUCUUAAAUUUUAGCUGCCUUUGGAUUUGCUUAAACUAAACCCAAACCUGUUGCCAUUGAGUCGAUUCCAACUCAUAACAACCCUACAGGACAGAGUAGAAUUGCCCCCUAGGGUUUCCAAGGAGUGGCUGAUGGAUUUGAACUGCCAACCUGUCCAAUAUUAAAAACUGGAGGAAUAUAAAAAAUAUACAAAUCCUACAGAUCAAUGAUGGGAAAAGUAAAUACAAAUAUAUUUUAAGAUAAAAAGGAAAACACAAAUAAUUCUCACUGGGUGCUAAAAGAAUUAAUCCUACAGAAUAAAGGGAAGAAAAAUCAGCUGAAGCAGAUUUGAGUCCAGAUUCUAUUU